UCUCGGCAUUGACCCCAUCAUCGAGCAGCAACUCCGACAGGGAGGAAUAAUAUAUCCGGCACCCCGUGAAAGUUGAAGAGCGAAUUCAUUUUCUGAAUCGUCGUUGAUAAAAAUACAUAUAUUAAAUAUAGUACGAAAGCGCGGUGCAAUCGAUUGAGAGGACUAGUACUUAUUGAUCGCGAUACGUUGCGAAUAUUUGUGCAAUCUAUCGCGUGCGCGGCACACACGUGCCGGACGGCGACAUAACACGAAAAUUCGAUAAUCACGGAGGGACGAGUCGGAGCGGCGAGGGCGCGGCGCGGUACCCGACCAACCCGCGACCUGCUUUCCCAUUUUUCUUCUCUCUCAAAAUAUUGAAAUUCUAUCUUGAUCUAACAAAUUAUAAGUAUAUAUUUCGUCGAAUGUUUUUUAUUCGCAUCGCGGGUGCGCGUGUUACAAGAGAACAUCGCAUCAACGAUUCAAAUUGUGCAAAGAUUCGCAUUUUCAAAUAAUAUAUUCCAAGGAUUCAAGGGGCAGACAGGCGCGUGUCUACGAGACUCGCGGGAGAGUAUUAAUUAGCGAACGGUGCGGAGCAAUUUCCUGUUUACGUAAAAUCUGUAACACGGAGAAACGGAGAGACGACGGAAAAUCUCGGCUUUUCUUCAUUCCUUUAAGCGGGCGCGCGUCUUGUUGUGAUUAUUAUUAUUACGCAAGCAUGAUUUUCCAGCGUCGAGUCGUAAUUUGUAAAUAACGGUGGGGAGCGACGAAACGAGAGCGACGACUGUGAGACGUUAUCGCGCUCGGAUCGGUAAUAAUAUAAUACAUAUACGCGUCGCGCGGUAAACGAUCGAAGUAAUAAAAAAAUGACGUUCGCGCGAAGACGAAUCAUUUGCAUAAAUUGAUCUCGACGGGUACGAAGCCGAUUAGUUCGGCAUGUUCGUGAGAUGUUGGAGGCUCGGAUGAAGGAAAAUCGGUCGGGGUCGGGGUCGGGAAGGAUUUCGGAUAAUGAUUCACCGCUCGGUAGUCUCGGACUCGUCGUAAACAAACAACAUUCAACGUUCAGCGUGAAAUUUAAAGAGUGUUGCGUGUGUGUUGACAGUGGGCCAUGUAAGGAAGUUUUGGUGCACAGCGGCAACCGGAACUCGUACAGGAUGACCCCGAUCGGCGGACGUUCGCGUACCGUGUCGGAGACGGGACUGGCCUCAACUCCUUUGACCUCGACUCUCUCGAGUACGGACGAUUGCCUCGAAGUUACGAUCCUGGACGAGGCCGCCGCCGCCCCCGGGGAUGCUGGACGUUUGCCGGAUGUCGUUGCGGGAAGCGGUUUCAGCGGAUGCGACGGUGGCGAGCGAGUCGAGUCUUAUUUGGCAAUAACGAUUCAGGUCUUUAUACCGUUUCUCGUUGCCGGUUUGGGAAUGGUCGGUGCCGGUCUCGUUCUCGACGAGGUUCAACAUUGGGUAGUUUUUGAAAAAGUAAACGAACUCAUGAUACUCGUACCUGCGCUGUUGGGGCUGAAGGGUAAUUUGGAGAUGACCCUGGCCUCCAGAUUGUCGACGCAAGCGAAUCUCGGACACAUGGACGCUCCCAAACAGCAAUGGUCCAUGAUCGUUGGAAACUUGGUUCUCAUACAGUGCCAGGCGAUAGUAGUUGGAUUUCUAGGCUCGGUGGUAGCCAUAGUGAUGGGAGCAUUCAGGAACGGUACGGUGUCCCUGGACCACUCGUAUCUCUUGUGCGCGAGUAGUCUGGUAACGGCCUCGUUAGCUUCGUUCGUUUUGGGCCUAAUAACAGCGGGUGUUAUCGUAUUUUCGCGUCAUUGUAACAUAAAUCCGGACAACGUGGCGACCCCGAUCGCGGCGAGUCUCGGUGAUAUAACGUCGCUCGCCCUCUUGUCCUGGAUCUCAACGAUCCUGUACGAAUCGAUAGACAAACAAGACUGGUUGGCUCCUCUCAUUAUCGCCGUUUACAUCCUCGUAACCCCUCUCUGGGUAUGGAUCGCCAAAAAAAACAAAUACACCAACGACGUACUCUAUUCAGGCUGGACACCCGUUAUGGUAGCGAUGCUCAUAAGCAGCUGCGGCGGUUUGAUACUCGAAUUUAUGGUAUCCCGGUUUGAAAAUCUCACCGUAUUUCAACCCGUCAUCAACGGGGUUGGUGGUAAUCUCGUCGCUGUACAAGCCAGCCGAAUUUCUACCGCUCUUCACAAACAGGCCGAACUCGGGACUCUUCUCAUACCACCGGGGCACACGCAUCCGGUCAUCUUCAUCACUCCGAUCGCCAAUUUCUUUGGCAAAGGCUUACACGCGAGGACUACGCGCGUCCUCAUGGCGAUGGUUAUACCCGGCCACAUAAUAUUUAUAUACAUGAUUAAAUACAUGAAAGACGGAGAUACCGCGUUGACGCCGCUCUUCGUUUUCGUUUAUCUAUGCGCGGCGAUGCUCCAAGUCGCGGCGUUACUCUACAUCGCCUACAUCAUGAUACACUGGAUGUGGAAGCGCAAAAUUGAUCCUGACAAUUCCGCCAUUCCAUAUUUGACCGCGAUGGGUGAUCUUCUUGGUAUAAGUUUGUUGGCUAUAGCUUUUCAAUUUUUAUAUCUCGUCGGUGAUCAGGAUUACGAUGAUCCUGUUAAUCCCUAGGCCGAUAAACCCUCCCGCCGCCUGCCUGCCUGCUCUUCCAUCAUUGCGCCGCACUUUGCAUCCUCCUCCUUGAAACCGCCUCCUUUAUUUCUUGUCACAAAUGCCACGAAUGCCACGAAUGCCACGAAUGCCACGAAUAUAACGAACCUUGAUAAAACAUCACCGGCAGAAUAAUUAUUACCGACUACUUUUCUUUCGUUUCGUAUCCAAGGAAUAAAAAAAUUUGUUCCUUUCGACCGGACGAGAGAACGUUCAAUUCGGCUGCGCCAAUAAUGUACAGAAAAUAUAUUUUUUCGACGAGAGAUUGUUAUUAUAUAUCGAAACGUGUGUAUGUACUAUAUUGUAUUUAUACGCGCGACGACGCGCCCACGAAUAUGAAGGAUCGUCGAGGAGGACUCAUAUUUGGCCUAUCGACGAAGAAAGAUAAGAAAAGUACCGCGCGGAAUAAAGGAAAUUAUGACAAGCCCUGUUAAAUUCAUAUUCCUUUUGGCCUUGUAAACCGUUUGACCGGAUGACAAAAUGUACAUUUCGAUGGUCGAUCAAGACGUAAGAAGCUUCAUUCGUGUAUAUAGUGAGAGAACAAAAAAAAAUAUAUAUAUAAAUAAAUAACGAGGCUGCUUUGUUACCGAUAUUCCCUCGAUACGCGCGCGAAAUACGUUGAAAGAAAAAAUUACGCUUACACUUACGAGAAAAAGGGCAUUUGAAAAAUCACGAAUAUGGUCAGCAGCAGCUUCUGCUACCUUGAACGAUGAACAACUGGCAAUUUUUUCGCGAAGGCAACGAGUUCCCUAUAGCACGUAAUUUAUUUUAAAAAUUAGUCAGAGAAAGCUUCGUGUCUCCUCCCCCCAUCCCAUCCUAUCCUGUAAUUCAACGAGAAAAUGCAUAAUCUCACGUUUGACAGGAAAAAGGAGAAUGAGAAUAUUUUCUACGUUUAUCAGAUAGAUGAAGAACAAUAUUUUUCAAAUUUUAGAUAGGCAAAAAAAUGUUAUCAGCGCCGAGCCGUGUACCGGGAACGAUAACGAAAUGAAGAAUAUGUUAUCCUUUCCUCAGACAAGAAUCCUUAAAACUUUAUUCGACGUCGAAUUGGUCAUGAGCCAAGAAAGAUAUAAGUGAGAGACGCGCACCAACGGUCGGCCACAAAAAUCAUAUAGUCACAAAACUCUAUUUUUUCUUAUAAAAUCUACAUAGAGAAUGCGAAUGAUUUAGCGUUCGCCCGAAUUGUAUAUAUGUAACGUCGACGAAAGAAUAAAUACACGCUUUAAUCGCGUCAAGAGCGAGUA